AUGAAGGGCAUCCUAGUGCCUCUGGUUCUUCUUCUUCCUGACAGCGCCUGGGUUAGGAGCUUCCGCCUUCACUUACCUACGGUACCGGAUGUGGUACACCCACCUAUACCUGAUGAUGCUGCUAUUCCAGCCUUGUCGGACGAUUUGUCUGACAUUUUUAAUGAUGAGGAAAAUGACCCAGAGGUGAGCCCAGGACUUUUCCAAGGAGAUAUGGCAAUGAACAAUGAGCUCUACAAUUACUGGAGAGUCGGUCUCAAAUGGGACGUUUUUCCUGAGAAAAAGUGGGACAAUGGGACAGUGCCAUAUGUAAUAAGUCCUUUAUAUGAGCCAGCAGAAUUCAUAACUAUUUCUCGAGCAAUUUCAACAAUAAAUUUUAUGACUUGCGUAAAACUUGUGCCAUGGGAUGGAAAAAAGAAAGACUAUUUACUGAUUUGGCCAAUUAAAUUUCCGAAAGGAUGUUGGUCCUAUGUUGGAAAGUAUGGAGGUCCACAAUUACUGUCCCUCCAAGCACCUGAUGAAAAGGGACCGAACUGUUUAGGGAACGAAGGCCGAGCAAUGCAUGAAAUUUUACAUGCCCUUGGUAUUUUUCAUGAACAAUCGAGAUUUGAUAGGGAUAAAUUCGUAACAAUUCACAAGGAUAACAUAAUACCUCAAUACCUUUCAAAUUUUGACAAACAAAGCUUAAAAAACACGACAUACAAGUUUGAAUAUGACUAUGACAGCAUUAUGCAUUAUGGAAGAAAUUUUUUCAGCAAAGGAAAAGGAAAACCAACAAUUACUGCUAAACAUGCUGGUGCAAAGUUGGGUCAGAGAAGAAUGUUAAGUAAAACAGAUUGCCUCAAAGUCAAUGAUUUAUAUGGUUGCCUCAAUAAAUCAAGUUAUCUUCAAAGAAAAUAUUAUACUAUAUGUCAAGUGUUGGGAAUAUAA